GAUUCGUAAGAAAUAUCGAUUAACGAUAUUAGUCAUUGAUCUACGAUGUUCUAAUAAUCAAAAAAACUACUGGUUUUCAUAAUUGAUUCGUUGAUAAUUAUACUAUUGUGGUAUUUUACUAUCUUAUCCCAGAGGUAUGUUAAGAGAUUAAUUGCACGACGCUAAUGGGAGUUGUAGUGCUACUGACUACUGAGCAUAUUAGUGUAUCGCUCUCCAAAUGUUUUCAUCGCACAUAAGAACCACUUCACUUCAGGCUUCAGCAAUAUUAUAGCCCAUAGGUACUUGUAUGGAACCUACGCAAUUUGCAUCAUUUAUAUUUAGUCGAAAAGGUUUCGGGGGCCAGGACUACGCGAUGUAACGAAAAUUAUUAUAUUAAUGUUGGUGUACAUUUUAUGUAUAACAAUAUUAUGUUUAUAUAAAUUGUAUUUAAUAAAUAAUGAUAAUUGUAUUUUGACGUGCAGGUGGGAUCGGGCCUUAUCGUUGUGUUUAUAUUUUUUGUCUUGUAUAAAAUCUGUGGAACGUGCUGUGACGUAUCUUUUCGGGCAUAUAGAGGGACAAUAUUGAUAAACAGCCGAUAAAUCGUAUGGCGAGCACCGCAUACGAUAAAUCCAAGAGUACCUACACGCAUUGUUGGAAAAAAUUGCUUAUACGUGCGUUAUUGAUGCGAUCGUCGAAGAUAAGUAAGUUCCACCACACGGAGACAGCAUCAAGUUACACGAAUGGAGUAUGUGUGUAUAAUAUUAUGAACUACCUCAGCUAAUAUAAUAUGAAAAAAAAUGUACCGUAGACGUAAUGUUAUAAAAACAACGCCUCAGAAGAAGACGGAGAGACAGUGAUAAUAUGAUAUUAUUAUUAUUAUUAAUAUGUUCCACGGUGUUUUCUUGCACAGGUGGGAGGGAUGUGGCAGUGUCGUUCGGCACUCGGCGGCCAGCAGCACCGACACUGUCCGCCACUGCCGCCAACCCCGCUGCACCAUCCCCGCCACCAAACGCUCUGCAUCGGAGGACCACUCCACCACCGCUCCACAACCGGCCUAUCCGUUUGUAUGCGAGGCGGUCCAUCCAUCCAUCGGCGGCGGCGCGCACCUGUGCGCCGUUACCUGUUACCCGGCGGCGCACCACCACCAGUCUAUUGUCAUGUCGGUCUCGGUCCGGUCCCGUUCGCCUGCCGCGCACCGCGUCUCGUCUUCCCGCGGACGGUUCUUUUUCGCGGCGUCGUUAUAAUAUUAUUUGUUUUACGCUAACGAUAAAUGAUAACAUAAUACGUUAUAAUAUUCUACAAUAAAAACAAUAAUUGUUAAUAAAUACAAACGCGGUCGCAGUGAUGUCAGUAGCAGUUCGUUGCGAAAACAUGGAAAAUAGUAUGCCGCCGCCACCCCUGCCGCCGCAGCACCGGCCACCACCACCCGUCAAUAGGCCGUACAAGAGACGAGCCCUGUUUCAAAUCACUAAGGUGUUAUGGCACUUAGACAUAUUCAGACGGAGCUUCAGAGAGCUGUACGGGCAUGCUUGCAUGGAAGAGUCAUGCAUAUUUUGCGCUCUAAAGGAACUAUUCACAGCGCUUGGCUCCAGCCAAGAAACAGCUUUGCCUCCAGACGCACUGAGGAAAGCUCUUGCUCAAUCAUUUUACGACCAGAGAAGAUUCCAAUUAGGUUUCAUGGAUGAUGCAGCAGAAUGCUUUGAAAACAUAUUAUUACGAAUACACUACCAUAUAGCCAACGAAGAAGCUGAAGACAUGUGUAAUGCGAAACAUUGUAUAUCUCAUCAAAAGUUUGCAAUGACAUUAGUUGAACAAAGUGUAUGUGGUGCUUGCGGAGCUACCUCAGAACCCCUACCUUUCACUCAGAUGGUGCAUUAUGUAUCCGCGUCUGCAUUGACUGCUCAAGUUAAACAAUUUCCUUCAACUGGCCAAGCUGAUCUAUUUGGCCAACUAUUGAAGAAAGCUGGUGGAAUGGGAGAUAUUAGAGAUUGUCCAAGUGCUUGUGGUGCUAAAAUACAAAUAAGAAGAACACUAAUGAACAGGCCUGAAAUAGUUUCAGUAGGUAUUGUUUGGGAUUCUGACAGACCUACGUUAGACCAUAUAAUGGCCCUUUUAAGUACACUGCGAACUUCAUUACGUCUAUGUGAUGUAUUUCAUGGAUCAUUUGACUUACCAAAUGGAAGCAUGCCUCUACAACAUCAAUUAGUCGGAGUUGUGACAUAUUACGGAAAACAUUAUUCUACAUUUUUUUAUCACACAAAACUAAAAAUAUGGAUAUAUUUUGAUGACGCUAACGUCCGAGAAAUUGGUCCUAGAUGGGAACAGGUAGUAGAGAAAUGUAAACGAGGGAGAUACCAACCUCUUCUGCUAUUAUUUGCUUCUCCUGAAGGUGAACCCGUCAAUGCAACCACGGCACCAAAAUCUAUAACAAAGGCAACCAAACUUUCGUUUUGUGCCAACACUAUUCAAAGUUUGUCUCAGGGUCGUAGGUCUCUUACACCCAAUCCAGAAAAACCUUUAUCAAAUCAAUGUCACCGGAGAGCCGUCACUCCAAACCCAGAUCCAAUAAUUGCAUUAGCCAAACCAGGUUUAAAUUCUUCGAUAAACGAGUAUCAAAACUUGGCUCAUUAUCAAACAGUUAUAAUGGCUAAAGCUGCAGAAAUGUAUAUAAAUGAUGAUUUAAAUGAUCAACCGGGUUCACCUAGAUCCGUGGCAUCUAAAUGUGAACUAGUUAGAAGAGAUUCUGGAAAUUGGAGUGGUGAUAGAAAUAGUGCUUCAUCAUCAUCAUCUACUUCAUUAGAGAAUCCUUACCAAUAUUUUGUUGGAAAAAUCCAAAACAGGCCUGGAAAUGGUUUUAGUGGUGUUCCUCGAAGCCCCAACAAACCAAAAGAUUAUACAAUGAAUCAAUUUGAUUUAGGAUAUGACUCUUAUUCACUUUCUUCAAAUGAUAGUUUGCCUUUACAACAGAAUCUCAAGCAUAACCUUCAGCUUGCUCAAAUACCAGAAGGACAUCAAACUUCUCAUACAUCAUUGAAGAACGCUUCUAAAAACUCUGCAGUCGAUGAAGUUGAAAGGCUCUGUGCCGAAGCCGAUCAGUUAUUGGGAAAAUCUGAAGCCACUGAAGAUUUAGUUAUGGCAUUAUCUUUGUGUAAUUUAGCAGCUGGUAAAGCUAGAGCUGCAAUGGAUGCUCCAUAUAGUAAUCCCCAAGUUGCUAGCUUUGCAAGAAUGAAGCAUAACACUUGUGUGAUGAGAGCUCGCAGUUUACACAAGCGACUUGAAGAACCUCUUCACUCUACAAAUAAACACGGUGAAGGCAGACACAGCCGAGAAGGAAGUAGUUGCAGCAAUAGAGGAUCUCAAGUAUCGCAUAGCCGGCAAAAUUCUAAAGAUAAAACAAUUCAGCACUCAAGGCAAAAUAGCAAAGAAUUACUUGACAUGUCACUACAGUUAUCAUCCUUACACAAUUCUCCUGUGGAUAAAUCUGUAAAAAAUAUUGAGAUUUAUGCUACAUUACCGAAGAAUAAAAAAGGAUUGUUAUCUCGAUCAUCCAACAAAACAAAACAAUUAAUUGAAGAUGAAGAAUACAUGAUGUAUGAAAGACCUAGUAGAAGCUUACAAACUAAGAGCAAAGCUAAUAAAAAAGAUGGAGAAAAAAGAGCAAGGAGUGAAGAACGAAAUGGUACGAAAAAUACUAAAGAAUUCUUGUCAAACUCGCUGACAAAGGAAACGAAAAAACCUAAAGUUGAGGAUAACAAGCAAGGCAAAAAACAACAUAAAAUAAGGAGAAAAUUGCUAAUGGGUGGUUUAAUAAAAAGAAAAAAUAGAAGUAUGCCUGAUCUACGUGAAGAUGAAUUACAGAUAAAAGAUCCACCUAAAGAAAAAAUUGUAUCAAAAGAUGACUCCAUGGUCGACUCAAUAAGUAGUCAAAACAAUCUAAGUGGAUAUUUGUCUGAAGGACAUCUAGAAAGUACAGGAAAUGCUAAUUUAUUGCGAAGUAAACUAAUGAGAAAGAGUUUCUACACUAACAAAUUCCUUCAUUUUGCUAAAGUACCACCACCACCACCAAUGCGUACAUCUUCUCAGUUGAGUAAAGCAGAAAGCAAUAAACAACAAAAUGAUUGGGGAACUGAGCCUCAAUCCUUACCAUACAUCCAUCCUCGUAAAGAAGAUGUGACUUACGCUAACGGGGGAAUGUUACUUGACAAAGACAACAAAAAUGUUAUGAUUACUCAAGCUCAAGUUCAUCACAAUCCAGAACAAAAUGUUGUUGUAAACAAUGUUGAUGAUCUCGGGUUUCCAUUACCACCUUAUCCAAGUCCAUUAAAUUCAGUGUGUCAUUCGAGACAACCCAGUGAAGAAUUUCCACCACCACCACCCCCUGCACAACCCGUUGAUGAAGUUGAUGGAGCUUGUCCAGCUAUACCUAUGGAACAAAUUGAAUUGGAAGCGAACGAAGAGAAUAAUUGGGUCAAAGAGUUACAAUCAAAGCAAGCCAUGUGGUGUGGUAGUGAUCAAGUUGGUCAAGAUUUAGAGUCCAAAUCGAUUGUAAAAGAUUUGAAAAAUAAAUUUGAACAAAAGAGCAUUAUUGAUAAUUUAAUAACACAUGCAAUUAAUAACUUACCAGCAGACAGUAUUUGUGAAAUAGUGGAUGAUGAAGAAAAGAAAAUCGAAAAAGAGCUUAAGGGUGCUUUAAGCAAAACUUCAUUUGAUAAUAGCGAAUCAAAAAGAAAAUUAGGAAAAAAGAAAAACGUUACCUUUUGUGAACAAGUUGUUUUAGUUGCGACUGCGGAAGAAGAUGAAGUGGAUAGCUAUAUACCAAAUCCUAUUUUGGAAAGGGUUCUUAGAUCAGUACUUCACAAAGAUAUACCCAUUGAACCAAAUAGGGAAGUAACAAAAUCUGUAAUUCCGUUGAAACGAAACGACUCUGGUCAAUUCAAUCGAAGCAAUUUAUCUUUAAAAUCUUGUUAUGACAAUAACAAAGUUGAAGAAAAAUCUAAUUUUGAAGUCAAAGAAGAGUUACCACCAAAAACGUAUCGCAUGUCUCCUGUGCAACAAUUACCUCAAACACUUUCAUCCAUGGUGGUACAACCCAAACUUAAAGCACCUCUACCAGAACAAAUUCAAAAACCUGUGGAGUCUGUAAAAAAUUACCGUAUGUCACCAAUUCAACAUUCAACGACUCUUAAUCAAUCUCCAUUGACACAACAAAAAUUCAAAUCUCCUUCUACUUCACAAAUAGCAAAUGCAAUGUCAAAUUUAUCGAUAAAUUCAAUGGAAAGUAUUCAGUCGGUUCAAAAUCAAUCCUCCACCACGCAUAGGUUUUAUUCCAACAACCAACAAAAUAACAUCUAUCCUCAACAGUAUCAAAGUCUUUCACAUAUGGGACAUCAAAAACCGUUUUUAAACAAUGAACCACAUUCACUCAACUAUCAAUCGAUGAGUGAGAACAAAUCAAGUUGCUCGCCUGUAAACUGUAGAUCAAAUCAGUCUUCUUUGGAGAGGAAUCAAACGAUCAGACAAGUGAACAGUGGUGUUUCGUCGAAUUGUUAUCCACAACAAUCACCUGUUGAAGGCAGGAGUGGUCAUUUUAGAUACAACGGUGACAGUCAAACACAGCUCCGGCUUCACGGAAAUCAAACAUCAAAUUCGGAAACAAAUACCCACCAGUAUCAAACUAACCCAGGAUCUCCUAGAAUACCUUACCCACAAAAUAAUGCACGUUACAAUGUUUCAAACGUUGAACCAGGUGGUCAAUAUCAAAAUAACAACGAAAACAGAGCUUACAACAACCACGGUCAAAUUCCCCAGUACCAAUGUCAACCACUCGAGAGGUUGAACAGCAACAGUAACAGCGUCAGUCAUGCAACCGACAACCGAACAUGUUAUCCCAGACAACCCAGUCCUGUCCAAGUACAACACAACAAUCUCAACAUCAAUAGCAUCGGCCGACACCAAUCGAGUCCCACAACGGUUUGUAGCGACAAUGGCAAUAGAAUCACCUACGGACAGACACAACAGCAUCAAUUCGAUAGAUCAAACUCUUCGAUAAACUGUAGCGACAAGCCCGCAAUCAACCAACACCAUCAACAACAACAACAACAACAACAACAACAACAGCAGCAGCAGCAACAACAACAACAGCAGCAGCAGCAGCAGCAACAACAACAACAGCAACAGCAACAAUUUAUUGAUAGGCUCAACGUCGCGCCGCAGUACGGUGCAAAUAGCGAAAACGGCAACAAAACAGGUUACCUGCAACAAGGAGUGUCCGCUAACCAAGCACAGCAGUUGGAAAGGAUGUCCCAACAUUACGAUAACAAGACUGGCGGAUACAUUCAACAGGGCCUAACCACAACGAAUCUGUCACCCCAGCAGCAGCAGCAGCAGCAGCAGCAACAAUUCGGCGUUGCAGCGGGAGACAACUAUAACAACAACAUCAACAACAACAAGCCGUGUAGCAAUCAAUCGCAGCAGCCGUCGGUACAACAGUGUUCGCCGGGCUACGCGCACUCCGAAUCAAGGACGUCAUCGGGGUACUCGGUGACGCAACCUGACAACAGACCCGCGCAGGCUCUCCCUGCUGGGUACCCACGAAAUUCGGUGGAUGUGAAACCUGGUCCACAUUCGCCGGGAGUGUUGUUAAGGCAGCGUAGCAUGGUCAAUGGUUUUCAUUCGAUGCCGUACACCCGACAACCCGCGGACACCGUGGCCCACCUGCCACCGGCGCAUCCGAAAAAGGACGCCGCGCAGCUGACCAACGGUUUCACGAGGUCGCCCGCCGAGUCGGCACACGGCUCAUCGUCGUCGCUGGACCGGAACAAGCAGCUUCACCAGCAGUACGGUGGUCAGCCGGAUGGUACGGUGCCAUCGCUCCAGUCGCCGUCCAAGGUCCGCCCGGUCAACUCGUCGUCGUCGGCGGUGUCGGCGGUUCAGAGGACCAACACGGUCCGCAGGCCAAUGACCGUUUACGAGCCGCAACAGUUACCGCCUUACCAGCACCCGCCGGUCCCGGUGGCGUUCAAACAGCAACAGCAACAGUUGCAGCAGCCAUGCAGGCUGCCCAGCGGCCAGCCCAGAUCCACGACGCCCAACGGCAACGCGGCCGCCGCCAACGAUCCGGGCCGGUACGCCGUUUACCAGCAGCCGCCGUCACCGCGGUUGCAGGACAAAUGCGCCAAUGGCAUGAUGAACGGCAUGCCCAGGCCGUCACCGUGCAACCUGUGCCGCAAGAAGGCCGUCAACCACCCGUCCAUCUACUGUUCGGACUGCGAUUUUUACAUGUCAAGGUUCAAGCCCAAGGCUCAAUCGACUACGUGCUAACAU